UUGGGGCAUAUCAUCUAUUUUAAUUUAUUUCCUCCAAGUUAUUUCAUAAGAAUCAUUAAACCUGGCGACGGAACCUUUUUUAACCGAUUGUAAUGAAAACAAUCACAGUGACGGCGGUGGUGGGGGGAGUACUGGAAGUACAAAAACAAUGUGUCACCAGACUAAUAGUGUAUCACCACAUUUUGAUACAACGUACAUAUUUAAAAAUGCAGCAGAAAGUUGUGGAACAUUUAACACAUCCAAAUUGCAAUAUCAUCCAGAGAUAUGGGAAUGUAAUAAAAAAUCUGAAUCACAACAAAAUCAAAUGAUUGAACGUACAUAUGAUGAACCAUGUGUAGAAAUUAUUGGUGAUAAUAAAUCUGUUUUGCCAAGAUCAAGAUCUUGGCUAUGUUGCCCUGGGUCUUCUGAUAUUGAACCAGAAUGUGAUACAACAAUUGUUACAACGCCAUCGUCUGUAACAUCGAUGAGUGGGGGAAUUAAAGGUAUAUCACCGCAUGAUUUUGGAUCUGGUAAAUCACCAUCGUCAAAUAUAGUACAUCAUAAUGAUGUCAUAACAACACCGCCGUGCAUUUUAAUUGAACAUGAACGCCUUCAACAAGAAUUAGCAAUACAAUCACAACGUUAUGAAGAACAACUCACUGAAUUACAUUCAGUGAUUGCAGAAUUGACAAGGAAAUUACAUCAACAACGUACAAUGGCCAUUGCUGAAGAGGAUGAACAAUCAGAUGUCGGAACCAGUGCGCAUGAAGGCUCAAUAACAUGUCCGUUAGAUGUCAGUGAAUUAGAACCAACUGAUAAUGAUCGAACAUACGCGGAUGAUUUAUCCGAUACAGAUACUAAAUUAGUAAUGCCAGAAAGUCCAUUGGAACUACCUGAACCAAAAUUAAUAACACGGUCGCAGCUGUUAGACGACACAGAAAAUCUCAUUGAUCAACAAAAUACCAUUCAAUUACAAAAGGAAGUUGAUAGUUUAAAAGCUGAAAUUUUAUCCUUGCGUUCACAAAUUGAAUUCAAUACAGAUAAUAAUUUAGAAAAAAAUCAUAUACGUCGACAGGCAUCACCAAAAAUUAGUAACUUAGAUCAACAAGCUUCGAAUAAACAUCAUCCAGAAAGUUAUGACGAAGAAGAUAUUAUCAAUGAUGAUGAAUUUGAAAAUGAUGAUAAAGAAUUAAAAAAUAAUAUUUUAAUUGAAAAUAAAAAUAAUUUAGAAAAUAAUUGGACCUCAUCACCGCCACAAACAAGCCAAAUUUUGACGCCAAUGAAUAAUUGUUAUAUAAAGUCGUCGAGUAUUGUGCCUAUACAUACGUCAUGUUCCACAUCUGGUUCGGCCAAUCAAAAUCAACAAUUAAUAUUACAUCAUAACAAUUAUAUAAAUAAUAAAAAUCAACCAAGAUUAGAAACAUUCAAACAGAAAACAAUUAGUGAAAAAUCAGAAUUAUUAGUAACACAAUGUGCUACGAAUACGCCAACACAAGCAGAAAAUUUAAUUGGAAUGAAUAAUCAACAACCAAUUGCUAAAAUGGCUGAAAGGGUUCGGUUACGACGUACAGAACGACCGAUUACUGGAUCAGAAAUAGCAAAUACAGGUUUAUGCUCAACACAAGUCGCAGAACAUUUAGUAAGUGACUUGCGUAGCCAAUCAGAGCUACAAGAACAACUAGCAAUUGAACAACGGCCACCGGAUGAACAAGCAUUUGAAACAGAAAUACAUCGUUUAACUACAAAAAUUGAUAAUUUAAAGUCACAAAACAAUGUGCUAUCAUUAACUUUAACUGAAAAUAAAGCACAUUGUGAUAAAUUAACUUUAUUAUGUGGUAAAUAUGAAUCAAAUGCAGUAGCUUUAAGGGUAGCAUUAGGCCUAAGUGACAGAGCAAUAGAGGCUUACGAUGUACUUUUAGCAUUAUUAGAAACUGAAUUAUCAUUGGACGAAUCUAAUGAAGAAAGUAUUGAAAAUAGAAAAUCAGCGGAAAGUGUAGCGUUACAAUUACUUGCACGCUUAGAUGAAAAUGAUACUACAAUGUUGCUAGCCUCACCGUGGCAACAUAAUAUUUAUGCUAAUACAAACAGCACUCAAGAGCAAUGGACAGAAGAUCAUGAAACGCGGUUGCGCGCACACGUAUCACGCUUAAAAGCAAAUCGUAGUAAUGUCGAAGGAACUGCAGUAAUUCUGGAAUCGUUACACAAUGAAAUAUCUCCGAUAUCUGGUGGAGGUCGGCAUGGUACCGUAAUACAAGACAUGCGUAAAUUAGACUUGGAAACUGCUGUCCUCAUGCAAGAACUUAUGGCAUUACGCGAAGAUAAAGCUGAGUUAACAGCAAAAGUGUAUCAUCUGGAAAAAGAAAAGAUUGCGAGUGAUUUAAAAUUAGCUUGUCUUGAAACACAACAACGCGCGCAGACAUCAGCACUGAAUAAUAUACGCGGGCAAUUAGCAGAUACUGAAGCAUUACUAUCGUUGGCAAGUCAACAGAAAGACCGUUCAUCAUAUUCCGAGAAAGAACAUGCUGAAGGUGUGGAAUUAGAACUAAUACAAGCAUUAGCGAGAGAAUCUAGAUUAAAAGUUCGUUUACAAGAAUUAGUUAAUACAUUGGAACAGGUGACAAAGAACGCAGAGGCACGAUUACUUGAGGGGCGAGAAUUAGUUGCCGAUUUAAAUCAAGCGAAUAGUACAUUGGUGCAAACUGUUGAUAGAAAUCAUAAGAAAUAUCAGGCACGUCUUAAGAAAUUAGAACAACAAAUGUUAGCAAUGGUUGAGAGGCAUUCCGUCCAGGUACAAACGUUGAAACAACGUAUUGCAGUAUUGGAGGCAUUGCCAAGUCACAGUUCGGGAAAUUCAGAAACAUCCCUGUGAACAAGAAAAAGGGAAAUCGAAUUUCACUUUGGUGUAUUUGCUAUAAUAUAUUGUCUGUGAUGUUUAUUUUUUAAAAUUUUUUUUAUAGAUGAUCUUCAAAAAUAUUUUUUCACA